AUGGAUUGGCUCGUGAAGCACUGGUUCUUGCGUCUAUUGGCGAAUGUCUAUGGGCUCUUCGUGCUCGGCAUGUUUGUCGUGCUGGCGACUAUGGAUGGAAGCUUCUUGAGACGGCCGAAUGAAAAAGACAAGGAACUCUUGAAACACGUUCAACAAAAGUAUUGGAGUCUCGAUAAUAAGCCGUUUGGGGCCACACAUCAAUUCUUUAAGCUGCGUAACGGUAAAAGGCUCCAUUAUGUUGAGAAAAUCCCUUCUUCUGCUGCUGGUAAAAAGAACCUUAUAGUUUUCAUCCAUGGAUUCCCUGACUCAUACGCCGUUUGGAGAAAGCAGAUUGCGUCUCCCCAACUCUCCAAGGACUCUAUUCUGGUUGCGCCGGAUCUUCCUUGUUAUGGGGGCAGCGAUGAAUUUCCAAGUAUGAGCGCAGAGCCUGUAUUAGAAGCAUUGUCCGAGUUCAUUCUUGGCAUGAGAGAGAAAUACUUUAUUGACAGCGAUCCUGAGCGAGUCAUCAUCGUGACCCACGAUUGGGGGUCAGUUAUUGGCUUCAGACUCGCAGCCGAAGCUCCUCAAUUAGCGGACAGAUUCAUUAUAUGCAGUGUCUUACAUCCGACGCUUUCCAUAGCAAAUAUCACUAAUCGCAUCCAAACCUCCCGCCGCCUAUUCUCAACAUUUCUUAAAUCACCUGGUCGCAAUCUGCGCUUGCUCCGGACCGCUCUCAGUAAUCUCGCCCCGCUCGGCACGCAACUCGAGCGUUCUGGCUAUAUCUUUGCUUUCAACCUACCGUUGCCGAUAACCGCGUGGAUCGGUCGUAUGGGUGACAGUUGGUUUCUGCGCCUAAUGCAUCGCCUCGCCUUUACAGGCAAGGACAACCUACGCAGUAGCUACACGCCACUUAUUACCCCCGAAUUUAGUGCCGAAGCUAUGGCUUGCAGCCUAGGGCCCGGCCUAGGACAGUGUACUGGAUAUGCUGAAGAUUAUGGGUAUCCUGCGGACGUUGCGCGCCGGGUACCUGAAGGAGGCUGGAAUACGAAGCUGCGUAUUUACCGCCAUGGCUUACCCAAUAAGCGCUGGGAGAAGAGUCUCGAGACCAUUGUAGCGCUGAACCAGCUUGAUGGCGAAGGUUCGAGAGGUCCCAAUUGUAAGACGUCCGAGAAUAUUACUGGACGCCGUCGGUCGUCGUCGAAUGCUGGCAGGCUCUUCGACUCGGCGCCGAAGGGUGCACUGAAGGCUCCCGCGACAAUCGUGUAUGGACUUCAGGAUCCGGCUUUUGAUCCGUCAGUCGCUCUAGAGGGCAUGAAGGAGUAUCUUUCACGGGAUAGUCAAGUUGUGGUGAUUGACAACGCUGGGCACUGGGUUGGGGUCGAGGACCGCAGCAGUCGGACGCUCGAAGGUAUUGUUAGUGGAUUUCUCAAAAGUGAUGAAGAUGGGAUCAAUGGUUUGAGAGGCUUGGAUGCGGCGAGUGGUGCUAGAGUCACGGUUGAUGUCUAA